AUGGGCAAUAACCAAGUAAUUCGAUCUGAGAAUGUUUAUGAUAUCUAUAAAACUUAUCAAGUAACAUCUCUUUUUCAAUUUAGAAUCAUUGGUUUGUUGGAGUGGAAAGAGAAGUGUAAAAAUUAGGAUAUAAUAUAAGUGUUAGAUCAGAUCGUUUUCAUAAAAGAAACUUUCUUUCUUUAUAUGAAAUAGUAAAACCACAACAUGAAUAAAUUAUAACAAUGAAUUCUGAAGAAUCUCUAUUUGCCACUGAGUUAGAAAAUAUCAAACGAUCUAAAAAAACUAUUGAUCCAUUUAAAGAAUUUUAAGUUACAACUUUAGUCUAGGAUUGUGAUCCUGGUUNGAUAUUUAUAUCCCAAAAAAGUGAAGAAUAAUUUAAAAUUUUAUUGGCGGUUUUCUAAAAAUAAUUGAACCCCCCUAGGUUGAUUUAAUAAAUGAUAGUAAAUUACUAUAUUAUAUAUUUAAAAUAUAAAUAGAAAAUGAAUACAAAUUCUAACAUAGAAGUAUUGUAUAAUUAUAUAAGGUAAGUUCAGGGAUUGUUCCAAUGAAUGUAAAAAUGCUUAAUUAAAUAACUUUGGAAGGAAAUUAAGUAUAUUACGAUAAUAUAAAUUUAACAAUUGUUACUAUCCAUGGAAGAUUUCAUUAGAUUGCUAAAGAAUAAAAUUAAGUAAGAUACAGUAUAUCGAUAAAUGAUGACAGUGGAAUUCUAAAGUUAACCUAUUUUGCAAAUAAAUAGCAAGAUGAUCCAAUUUUGAAAUUGAUAGAUGAAGGAAAGUAUGUUAAUAAAAUAAAUUAAAAUAGAGAUGACCCUUCAUUUUAUUACAAAUUCAUAGUCUCAUUAAAAAUAUUUAAAGACGCUCCUUAUUUUGUUUUAUAACAUUAUUAAGCAUCAAAUUUAUCAGAUUGGAUGUAUCACACAAUGAAAGUUAUUCAAUUAGAAGUGUAAUCUAGACCACCAAUUGAUUGGAAACAAUUAAAAGAGGAGCCAUUAGAUAGAUAGAUUGAAGAAUUUAUUAGACACAAUAAAAGAGCAAAUAUUGGGCAAUUAUUAAAAAAAUUUAAUUGUUCUUUGUAACAAUUAAAAGUGUUAAUAGAUUAACUAAAAAAGCGUUCGGCCAUCGCUGAAUGUUUAAAUAAAGAAACAUUUAGAAUAGUUAAUUGA